UAUGUGUUUGUGUUUGGAAAUGAUAUUCGCAUACGCUGAUCAGAGUAAUCCGUAAAAUAGUUAUGAAGCAUUCACAGAAAUUUUACUGCAAAUAUAAGAAAUAUAGCGUCUUCUGUUUUGGUUAGGUUAUGAGAUAACUACUCUAGUGGAACGCGCGACUAGAUCAUUACCUAAUAACACGACUAUAAAAUGAACAACUCUUUAAAAGUGCUUUAGCUGUAAAGGUGUAAUGUGUAGGUUAUACGUGACUUGUAUAAAACCUAGAGGAGACUCGCUAUGGGAGGUACGACAAUAAGCAUGCUGACGUAUAUGUGGUUUAGCUGUAUACCUGAACGCUCACUCUAACGAUAACUCGACGUAUGCACAGACCGAGAGGUUGCACGAGUGCACCGAGUGAGUUGACUACUGCAAUAUAAUCACCAGUGGAGACCCAGAUUCCAACCCCGUCAUGUCCGAGGAAAAAGCCGACCCAGAUACGACGAAGCCGAAGACUGUGGCAUUAGAUGAAUUACUACCAAGACUAGGGCAUCCUGGAAAGUUUCAAGUUAUCACCUUCCUCCUGCUCGCAUUGAACUACUUCACCGUUGUUGUAAACCACGUGUGUAUGGCAUUUUACGGUUCCACACCUAAACACCUGUGUCAGGACAGUGUCAUAGAGGCUAGCAACAGCACAAUCCUAGGUGUGACAUAUGGAAAGUGUGUCACGUCCUACAUCCUAGGAGAUGGUCAAAAUACGACAAUCACCUGCAAGUCUGACCCAAAUGGCAUGUGGAAGUAUACACCGUAUACGGAUCGCGAGACUACAAUCAUCACCGAGUGGGAUCUAGUGUGUGAUGAUGUCUACCUCGGAAAGCUGGCUACAACUAUUUACUUCCUAGGGGUGAUGACAGGGGGUGUGGUGUUUGGUCAUAUCGCUGAUCACUUUGGACGGAAGUGGACCAUGUUAUUAUGCCUGUAUGCCCCCGUUGCACUCGGAAUUGGUAUAUACUUUGUUCAAACCUUCACCGCUUUUGCUGUUUUGAGAUUUUGCCAAGGAGUCUUUGUUCAGGGACUGCAGAUGUCAACGGUUGCCCUAGUGAUGGAGUUAGCGGUGCGGGAGUAUCGAGGAAUGGCUGGGGCCGUGUUCGAAUGUUACUGGGGAGCGGGGGUACUAAUCCUGGCAGGCAUAGCCUACUUCAUCCAAACGUGGCGCUACAUCCAACUGGCCAUUUCCCUCCCUUCUAUCCUGCUUGUGUUCUAUAUCUGCUUGAUUCCCGAAUCACCCCGAUGGUUGAUCAUGAAGGGGCGAUUUGAUGACGCGGAACAUGUGGUGAAGAGGAUAGCCAAGUUUAACAAAUUACCGUACCCGGCAGACAUAAUGGAUGCCAUUAGGAAGGAAGGAGCCUAUACGCAAGACAAGAGCGGGAAACAGUUCACAGCCCUUGACCUGAUGAAAUCACCAAUUCUUAGAAAUAGGACAUUCCUGUUACUUUAUCUUUGGUUCGCAACCUCUCUUGGAUAUUACGGCCUCACGUUCCAAAUCACCAGCCUUGCCGGGGACAAGUAUCUCAACUUCUUCAUCGGGGCAUCAGUGGAAAUGGUCGCCUAUAUUGGUGUUAUAUAUAUCAUCAAAAGAUUCGGCCGACGUAAGCCUCUGACUUUUUACUUCCUCCUGGGCGGAUUUUGCUGUAUCAUUGCUGGUGUUAUACCAUUUGCUGGAACAGGUGACGACAUUUCUAAGGCUUCUACCAGUUUUGCAAUCAUUGGUCGGUUUGGUAUGGGCGGUGUGUUCAGCGUCAUAGUAUUGUAUACUUCUGAGUUGUACCCUACUGUCAUAAGGAGUAUCGGGAUGGGCUGCUGCUUUUUCUUAACCAGAGUUGGAGGCCUACUCGCACCGCAGAUUCUCCUGCUGGGCGACUAUACACACAAAUCGGUUCCUAUCAUAGCGUUUGGUGUGUUGGGUGUGAUUGGUGGAGUUUUAACACUUCUUCUACCGGAAACACUUGGGAGAAAGCUUCCUGACUCAAUUCAAGAUGCAGAAAAUAUGCGUGGUACUAAAAUAGUCAAGAACGAGGACGAAAAAAGCAAUUCGAACAAAGCCAAAAGCGCAUCGGACAAAUACCAAGCUGUAAAUGAAGGUUACAAUGAAGAUACUCGGAUGUAACGGCCGCGUGAAGGUCAUCAUCCUCUCCAGGAAUCCCGGCGAAGUGACAGAUGGAUUUAUAUACCUACCUUUAUAUAAGUAACAUUAAAGUCGGCAUAAUAAUGACGCCAGAUGAGUCAAGUUACAGCAAAUGUUAUGUAUAGAGCGAUUUUUAAAAAUGCUAUAAUUAAACAAUCUUAAACAGACGGAGGACAAUCUUACUGUGGAAAAAAGGUUCUCAUUUAAUGUUGAUUGAUUAAUAUAAUAUUAAAUCAAUAAAAUAUUUUUAAUUGAUACCUUAAUUGUGCAACAAAGGAUUGUAUAAACACAUCAAAAAGUAGCAUUAUUAUUAUUCCAAUACUGAUAUCGUCAACCCAAGGGGUUAGUUUGAAACACGGACACUGGUUUCAGAGAUACUUUUUUGUAAAAUUUAUAGAUUUAAUUAUACGCUCGUGCACAAUUCGUUUGUUCUUAUACGAUACAUUUCCAUUGUCGACCAACAUAGUUUUUUCUUUUAUUUCUUUUUACACUUUUUGUGUUUCAAGUAUAAAUAUGGCUCUCUUUGUUGUGUAACAUAACGUUUGUACUUUCUCGCAUAAAUAUUUGUUUUCCUUUUAUAUCUUAUACAUACAGAAUGUUAAAAGAGUGUUCAUUUUAUAUCUUAUACAUACAGAAUGUCAAAAGAGUUUUCCUUUUAUAUCUUAUACAUACAGAAUGUUAAAAGAGUUUUCCUUUUAUAUCUUAUACAUACAGAAUGUUAAAAGAGUUUUCCUUUUAUAUCUUAUACAUACAGAAUGUUAAAAGAGUUUUCCUUUUAUAUCUUAUACAUACAGAAUGUUAAAAGAGUUUUCCUUUUAUAUCUUAUACAUACAGAAUGUUAAAAGAGUUUUCCUUUUAUAUCUUAUACAUACAGAAUGUUAAAAGAGUUUUCCUUUUAUAUCUUAUACAUACAGAAUGUUAAAA